AUGCUAGGGGAGAUUCUGAUAUUCAUAAUUGGAGUGGUUAUAGGCUGUAGGUACGAAUUUUUUCUAGAAUUUUUUUUCUGGAGAAUCUAUUUCACCUUACAAUCCCAAAUAAUCAAAAGUACCGACAUUAACAACGAUGAAAUGAAGCUAGUGCUUUGUGUCAGAAGUGACUUGAAAAUGGGAAAGGGAAAAAUUGCUUCACAGUGUGGACACGCAGCAAUUGGAGCUUAUUCAGAUUGUUUAGCUAAUGAAUGUAAAUAUUUGAAAAAAUGGCUGGCUGGAGGGCAGCGGAAAAUUGUAGUCAAAAUUCCAGAUUGUGAAGCAAUGACCAAUGUGUAUAAAUUAGCUAAACUAAACGCCAUAAACGCGCACAUAGUGUCGGAUGCAGGGAAAACACAAGUGCCUAAUGGAUCAAAAACUGUGAUAGCAGUGGGUCCUGGACCCGCACAUUUGAUUGAUAAAAUUACAGGACAAUUUGCGCUGCUUUGA